AUGAUUUAAAACAAUGAAGAAGUAAUAGAAACUAAUGAAAACGUCAACGGGAAGUGGGUGAAUCUAGAGACUCUGUAGAAAAAAUGGUAAUAAUUAUUCCUAUUUUUAGCUAAUACUUUAACUAAAUUGAAUUAGUUUGA